CGCCGAUAAUCUCCACCAAAGAAGAAGUAGUAGUAGUAGGUGGCGAUAAUGCAACAUUAUUGGAUGCCAACCUCUGUUAAACCUCACCGAAGAAGAAGUGAGGUGUCGCUUAAAAGCUGUCAAGGGGGAAAGAGGCGAAAAGACGUCAACAAAACGAUAUAGCCACUUCACUCUGUUGAUCUUGGACAAGCAUAGAGGAAUGGGCUGUGGUCCCAUUAUAGUUGGAUCUACCCCUACCAGUCCUGAGACCGCACAAGAAGCCCAGCCCCAGGCCAGGCCCGAAACAUGAGAUCUUUAACUGCUAAGUAAAGAAUGAGGCCUCAGCAACCCCACCCCAGAAACACCAUCACCACUACUACUAACAUAGUCUGUCACACACCUAUUACAACUUAACCCUCAACACAUUCCCCCUGCCCCAGGACCAGCUCUUGUAUCCCCUUCCCUUCCCUUACUCACCCAACCCCCUACCACCCCCAACCCAAUACACCCCACAGAGCAGUUUAGCCCACCUCGAGACUUGAGUCACCAGCCAAUCAGCUCCUAGUAGGCCUUGUGCGCCUCCAUCGGCGGCCCUCCCCGGCGGUGUGUUGGUGUGCGAUGGCGCGGCGGGACGCUGAAGGCUGCUGCCGGGGAUUGUGAUGUCAGAGCCCGCCAGCCCGGGCGAGAGCCAGCGCGGCGCUCCCAGAUUCUUCGUGGGCUGCGAGGACGAUGAGAGCGAGGGCCUGGAGGACUACGACGGCUGCAGCAUGAGGACCGACAUGGAGCUGUACGAGGACGACGAGGACACAGACUCGCCCCCCGAGCGACAGAUCGUGGUGGGGAUCUGUUCCAUGAUGAAGAAGUCCAAGUCAAAGCCCAUGACCCAGAUCCUGGAGCGUCUGUGCAGGUUUGAGUACAUCACUGUGGUCAUCUUCCCUGAGGACGUCAUUCUCAACGAGCCCGUGGACAAAUGGCCCCUGUGUGACUGCCUCGUCUCCUUCCACUCCAAAGGAUUCCCGCUGGACAAGGCAGUGAGCUACGCCAAUCUCCGAAACCCACUGCUCAUCAAUGACCUGAACACACAGUACUUCAUACAGGACAGGAGGGAGGUGUAUCGUAUCCUGCAGCAGGAAGGCAUCGAUCUGCCCCGCUACGCUGUGCUGAACCGCGACCCAGAUAAACCAGACGAGUGUAACCUGGUCGAGGGAGAAGACCAUGUGGAGGUGAAUGGGGAGGUGUUCCCUAAACCCUUUGUGGAGAAACCCGUCUGUGCUGAAGACCACAACGUCUACAUCUACUACCCCACCUCAGCGGGAGGAGGAAGCCAGCGCCUUUUCAGAAAGAUCGGGAGCCGGAGCAGUGUGUACUCACCAGAGAGCAACGUGAGGAAGACUGGCUCCUAUAUCUACGAAGAGUUCAUGCCAACGGACGGGACGGACGUUAAGGUGUAUACGGUGGGGCCUGACUAUGCCCACGCUGAGGCCAGGAAGUCUCCUGCCCUGGAUGGGAAGGUGGAGAGAGACAGCGAGGGGAAGGAGAUCCGCUACCCCGUCAUGCUCACCGCCAUGGAGAAACUAGUGGCCCGCAAGGUCUGCCUGGCAUUCAAGCAAACCGUGUGUGGCUUUGACCUUCUCCGAGCCAACGGUCACUCCUACGUCUGCGACGUCAACGGCUUCAGCUUCGUCAAGAACUCCAUGAAGUACUACGACGACUGUGCCAAGAUCCUGGGUAAUAUAGUGAUGAGGGAGCUAGCUCCUCAGUUCCACAUCCCCUGGUCCAUCCCUACUGAGGCUGAGGACAUCCCCAUUGUCCCAACCACAUCUGGCACCAUGAUGGAGUUACGCUGUGUCAUCGCAAUAAUCCGCCACGGAGACCGAACUCCUAAGCAAAAGAUGAAGAUGGAAGUGCGGAAUCCCAUGUUUUUUGAAUUGUUUGACAUACGGGGUUACAAGACAGGGAAAUUGAAGCUGAAGAAGCCAAAACAACUGCAGGAGGUACUGGACAUAGCUCGGCAACUGUUGCUAGAACUGGGUGAUGGAAGAGAAGACUGUGAGAUCGAAGAGAAGAAAUCCAAACUGGAGCAGCUGAAGACCGUUCUGGAGAUGUAUGGCCACUUUUCUGGGAUCAACAGAAAAGUGCAGAUCACCUACCUGCCCCACGGGCAGCCCAAAACAUCCAGCGAGGAGGAAGACACACGUAAGGAGUGCCCUUCUCUGCUGCUGGUGUUGAAGUGGGGAGGGGAGCUGACCCCAGCAGGCAGGGUACAGGCUGAAGAGCUGGGCAGGGCCUUCCGCUGCAUGUACCCCGGAGGACAAGGAGACUAUGCUGGGUUCCCUGGCUGCGGGUUGCUACGGUUACACAGCACGUACCGACACGACCUCAAGAUCUAUGCGUCUGACGAGGGCAGAGUGCAGAUGACUGCCGCAGCUUUCGCCAAGGGUCUGCUGGCCUUAGAGGGAGAGUUGACGCCCAUCCUUGUGCAGAUGGUGAAGAGUGCCAACAUGAACGGCCUGCUGGACAACGACAGCGACUCGCUUAGCGGCUGCCAGCACCGCGUCAAGGCCCGUCUCCACGAGAUCAUGCAGAAAGACCAGGAGUUCACAGAGGAGGACUACGAUAGGCUGGCCCCUACAGGUGCAUCCUCUGUGGUUAACUCUAUGAGAAUUGUGGAGAACCCUGUGGUGACAUGUGACCAGGUCUACACACUCAUCCAGAGUCUCACCUCCCAGAUACGCAAGAGACUAGAGGACCCCAAAUCUGCAGACCUGCAGCUGUACCACAGUGAGACUCUGGAGCUGAUGCUGCAGCGCUGGUCCAAGCUGGAGCGGGACUUCCGGAUGAAGAGCGGCCGCUACGACAUCAGCAAGAUCCCGGAUAUCUACGACUGCGUGAAGUAUGACGUGCAGCACAACGCCACGCUGGGCCUGGAGGACACACUGGAGCUGUUCAGGCUGUCCCGAGCCCUCGCCGACAUCAUCAUACCACAGGAAUACGGCAUUAACAAAGUGGAGAAGCUGGACAUAGCGUAUGCCUACUGCCUACCUCUGGUCAAGAAGAUCCAGCUGGACCUCCAGAGGACCCAUGAGGAUGAGUCAGUCAACAAACUCCAUCCACUGUACUCUCGAGGAGUGAUGUCACCAGGUCGCCACGUGCGGACACGUCUGUACUUCACCAGCGAGAGUCACGUCCAUUCUCUACUCAGCACCUUCCGCUACGGAGGCCUGCUCGACGAGGAGAAGGAUCAGCAGUGGAGGGCGAUGGACUACCUUGGUGCCGUUUCUGAACUCAACUACAUGACCCAGAUAGUUAUCAUGCUGUAUGAGGACAACAACAAGGACCCGUCGUCAGAGGAGCGUUUCCAUGUGGAGCUUCACUUCAGCCCUGGGGUCAAAGGUUGCGAGGAGGAGGAGAAAGCACCAAUGGGCUUCGGCUUCCGUCCCGCUUCCGCAGAGAAUGAUCAGAAACAGACAGACCCUGGCAGCUUGGAGGAUCUAUCACGUGACGAGCCCGACCGGGCCCUACCACUCUCUGAGCCAAUGGGCAUCCACCGGAGAUCCCCUCUGAUUCGCAACCGCAAGACUGGGUCUAUGGAGGUCCUGUCGGAGACGUCUUCAUCCAAAGCAGGCAGCUACCGUCUCUUCCCCUCCUGCUCUCGCCAGUCCCCUGAGAUGAAGCAGAGUGGUCUAGGAUCUCAGUGUGCAGGACUCUUCAGCACCACUGUCCUGGGAGGCUCCUCUAGCGCCCCCAACCUGCAGGACUACGCACGCACACACCGGAAAAAGUUCUCCUCAGGCAGCCUGUCCUAUAAAGACGAGUUGUUGUCUAUGCCGGCAGUAAAGAGAUUUUCUGUGUCGUUUGCAAAGCAUCCGACUAAUGGCUUUGAAGGCUGCUCCAUGGUGCCCUCCAUCUACCCACUGGAGACGUUGCACAACUCGCUGUCCCUCAAGCAGGUGGAUGAGUUCAUCACUGCCGUGUGUGAGACUGGUGGAGAUGCCCACUCCAGGACCACAAGAGCUCUGUCGGCCAUGUUUGACUCACAGAACCAGCCGUCGGUGGACUCCUACAUGCCUCAGAGAGUCCUCUCCUCCUCCGUAUCCCCACAACAGCGCUCUGACAGACCUCCCUGGUACAGCAGCGGUCCGUCCAGUACAGUGUCCAGCGCUGGCCCCUCCUCCCCCACCACGGCAGACGCCUCCCCCCAUUUUAGCUUCAGCGACAAGACGUCCUUCACCCCCGAGAACAGCGAGGAGAUCCACUCCUGCCAUCACAACACAGUUCAGCAGACCCCUACUGCUGGCCCCCAAACCUCCAAAUUCUCCAAUCCCACCACCCCCUGCCAGACACCCCCAGAAGACAAUCCUGAGGCACCAGCCACCCCCAGCCACCUGCCCCUGAGUGGAAACUCUGAAUCAAGGCAGGAGGAGCCAGGCGAGUCCCCUGCUUCAACUGAGGCCACUUGCGGUGAAGUUCCAGACCUCAGCCCAUUGAGCCCGUCAUCUUCCCCACUGGCAGACCUCUCUCUGGGCCUUUUGGAUGGAUACCUCCCCGGUUCUCUCCCGGUGCUCCUGGAGCUCAGAGAGAGCGGCAGUGAGGCAGGAUCCAGCGCACAGACGCCCCAGUCCCCAGAGGGGCCGGACGAGUUCUUUGACACCCAGGAGACGACGGAGAUGUGGAGGGGCAGCACGGGGAGCCUCCCCCAUCCUGGGACGCCACUGGAGGUGGGAGCCCCUCACGCGUCAGAGCCCUAGGUGGGGGCUCAGAGAACCAGAGAAGGAGCCUAGGUCUUCUAAGAGGCUAGAAGGAAGUACGGUAGAACUUCUAGGGGGCUGGAAGGAGGCUUCCAGGAAGCUCU